AUGUACGCCAAGAUAGAAAGCGAACGUCUGCUGUUUGUGCGUCUAAAUCAGAAGAAACUUAGGGUUGAUGAAUAUAUUCAUCUGAAAGAUGCCAUAACCAGUGACGGGAAGGCUGAUAAUAUUGGUCAGUUAGUGAUAUUUCCAUCUACUUUCACUGGAAGUCCACGCCACAUGCAUGAGUACAGACAAGAUUCUAUGACAUAUGUAAGAAACUAUGGAAGACCUGACCUGUUCGUGACAUUCACCUGCAAUCGAAACUGGGAAGAAAUAAAAGAAGAGCUGAUGGAUGGUCAAGAACCUGCCGACCGACAUGAUUUGUUGGCAAGACUGUUCAAGCUGAAAUUAACCAUGUUGAUGAAUAUCAUUACUAAAACACAUGUAUUUGGCCCAACAAGAUGUUGGAUGUAUUCAAUUGAAUGGCAGAAGAGAGGAUUACCAGACGCGCACAUCUUGAUAUGGUUGAAAGAAAAGAUCAAACCAGAUCAAAUAGAUAGUGUGAUCAGCGCAGAACUACCAGAUCCUGAACAAGAUCCCCGUCUAUUUGAAAUAAUUGUCAAGACCAUGAUUCACGGUCCAUGUGGUGAUCACAACCAAAACUCUCGCUGUAUGGAAGAACCUCCUAAUUCGAAAAUAAAAAAGUGCACAAAAAGAUAUCCAAAACAAUUCGUACAAGAAACAGAGACUGGAGACGAUGGAUAUCCAACAUACAGAAGAAGAAGCCCAGACGAUGGUGGUGCUAAAACCAAAAUCAAAAUCAAAAUUAACAACGUUGUUCAAGAGAUGGAAAUCGACAACCGAUGGGUUGUACCAUAUUGUCCGCUGCUAUCGAGACUUUUCCAAGCUCAUAUUAACGUCGAAUAUUGCAAUUCAGUGAAGUCGAUCAAAUACAUUUGCAAAUAUGUUAACAAAGGCAGCGAUCAGGCUGUGUUUGGCUUAGAGAAAGACAAAACCGUCGAUGAAAUCAAACAUUAUCAGCUGGGUAGAUAUAUUAGUAGUAACGAGGCUGUUUGGCGAAUUCUAAGUUUUCCAAUUCAUGAACGAUAUCCAACAGUGGUUCAUUUGGCUGUUCAUUUAGAAAAUGGCCAAUGUGUUUACUUUACGGAAGAUAAUGUACAUGAGAGAGUUAAUGAACCACCACGGACAAAAUUAACAGCAUUUUUCUUACUCUGUCAGAAAGAUGACUUCGCUAAAAGGCUGCUCUAUUGUGAUGUUCCAAAAUAUUAUACAUGGGAUUCAUCGGGGAAAGUUUUCAAGCGGCGUAUCCAGGGGACUGCUGUGGUUGGUUAUCCAGAUGUUAGAGAAUCAGAUGCUCUAAGUCGUGUCUACACUGUCCAUCCCAACAACUUCGAAUGCUUUUCUCUGCGGCUCUUACUUCAUACGGUCAGAGGUCCUACUUCAUUUGAAGCUCUUCGAACUGUAAAUGAUCGAGUAUGUGGAACGUUUCGUGAAGCAUGUCUGUUACAUAGACUACUGGAAGAUGACAAGCAAUGGGAUGCCACAAUGUCUGAAGCAGCUGUGGCUCAAUCACCAGCCAGACUGAGAAAUUUAUUCGCAUUAAUACUAGCUGUCUGUGGACCAUCCAAUCCAGCACAAUUAUGGGAAUCUUAUAAGGAAAGUCUAACCGAAGAUAUUCUUAGAAAUGCUCGCAGAAGAAAUCCUGGAAUGAACCUGAAUUACACACCAGACAUGUUCAAUGAAGCAUUGAUUAUUCUUGAAAAUAAAGUUUUAGCGAUGGGUGGUAAAGAAUUUAAGGAGUUAGCACUUUAUCUUGAAGGAAUGACUUUUCUUGUACGAACUGAUCACAAAUCGUUAGAAUAUCUUUCAACGCAAAAGAAUUUAUCACGUCGUAUGGUUAGAUGGAUGGAAUAUCUUCAGCAUUUCAACUUUACGAUCGAAUAUAAACCUGGAAAAAAUAAUGUUGUUGCCGAUGCUUUAUCAGGUUUAUAUUCAACUCAGCUGAUCGUUAAUAAUGAAAAUAAAUAUUUAGAUUGGCCGUUAUUAAUUCUUGAUUAUUUACAACGUCGAGAAUUCGAUAAUGAUGUUCUGUCCGAUAUUCAACAAUUAAUUAACGAACAAUUAGAGUUAUUCGAUUACGAUGAAGCAAGUGAAACAUUAUAUCGAAAGAUAAAUGAAGAACUAGUUGUUCCUUUUGUACCAUGUAUUGCAUGA